CUACGAGUCCAAGAGGAUGGAGAUGGAGGAGUUCCGGCCGUCGUCUCCACAGCCUCCAUCCACCACGGCCGCAACCACUUCUCAACCCCACAAGGAGCCUCCUGGCCUAGUUCCUCGUCACCGUCCUCCUCCCAGUCCCUGUCCACCUCCGCCUCCACCUGGUGGUCCCAGAGGCGACGACUCCCCGUCACCUCGGCCACCGUAGAGCUCCGCGAGGCCGCCGCGGGUGGUGGAGACUCCAUCAUGACGCCGCAGCCCAACUCAAGUGUUAAGUUCAGCGUGGAGGCAGCCCUGCAGGAGCUGCAGAGUAGCGGGUUGCACUGGGACGACGCCGGGAUCGGGGCUGCGGAAGCCUGGAAGGCCUACCUCAUGGCUAAGAAGGCCAAGCUUGACGAGACCCUGGCUGCAGCCCGCCAGUUCAGAGCACUGCUUCGACAGCAGCUCCAGAAAGCCUUCGCGUCACAGUCUUGUUUAGAGGAGGCCCCGGCGGCGUCGAGCUGCUGUUGCUGCGGGCACAGCGACGUCGGCGUGGUCGGGAUGGUCGCAGCCCUUCAAGAUUCUCAACGGCGGCGUCUCGGCGCUGAUGGCGGAGUCGAUGGCGAGCAUCGGCGGGUACAGGCUACUCGUAGGACCCUUGUAGGAGACCAUCCUCAAGAUGGACGAGAAGAUGAGGUCUGGACCCUUGUAGGAGACCAUCCUCAAGCAGCACUAGAUAUGGAGUAGGAGGACGAGCAGCAGGAGCAAAUCAGACUGAUGAUGACGGGGUGCGGAAGGCAAUGGUGAUCAUGCUGAUGGCAUGAAGAAGGCUGAUGACCACAACCUGGACAUGUUGGCAUUUAGAGAUGGCAAACACAGGCGGCGUGGAGACAGCAACCUGGACCACCCACCUCGCUUGCCUUUUUAAUUUUGGUUGUGGUGGUUGCAUCACCAUCAUGGUCGCAAAUCAGUAUGUAGUGUGCUUGUGGAGUUGGGUCUGGACUGCAGUGUCCAUCUAGUAGGUUAGGUGUUGUUGCUGCUAGAUCCCAUGAUGCUCACCUAAGUUUUGUGUUAUAUGGAGGCCAACCUUUGUGACCUUAUUUUGUGUUAUAUGGAGGCCAACCUUUGUGGCCAUUUUGUAGAUUUCAUUCACUUCACGGAAGCUAGCUUGCUAUGAUGGAGUGCUUGUUUUUUC